AUGGCCGAGCGGUGGCUAGAGAAGAUGAUUGAUAUUUUUGUGGCGUUGCACUAUACUGAGGAAAGACAAGUGACAUUUGCUAUCUUCCAACUGGAGGGAGCAGCCCGUUCUUGGUGGAAUGUAAUAAGAUUGAAAUGGGAGAGAGAACAAACACCGAGCACUUGGGUGAAUUUUUUGAGAAAGUUCAACACAAAGUACUUCCCACCUCUAAUUCAAGAAAAUAAAGAAGAUGAGUUCAUUAGGUUUCACCAUGGAGCUCAGACUGUUGCCGAAUAUGAGAGCCAGUUCACCAGGUUGUCUAAAUUCGCUCUCGAGCUAAUUGUAACUGAGCAAAGGAGGAUAAGGCAUUUUGUCCAGCGCUUAAAUGUGGAGAUUCAGAAGGAUCCGGCUGUAGCCCAACUGAGUGCCUUCAGUGUCGCGGUGGAAAAAGCUCAACGAGUUGAAAGCGCAAGGUUAAAAGUUAGAACCUUUCAGGCAAGGAAAAGAGCUAUUCCUGAAAGUAACGUAGGACAAGAGGAUACGAGCACACCUCCCAAGCUCAAAAAGGAAACUGGAGGGGUAAGAUUUCCUGGAAUGUCUAGUGGUGCUUGA